AUGGUUAACCAUCUCAAACGUAUAAAAUUCAGGUUAGCUUUUGUUUCACCUGAAUCAAGGGUUGUAGGAGCUGGAGACUUGGUUGAUCAACCUAGAAAAAUCGCGUUACAUUAUCUUUCUGGAUUUUUCUUCCUUGACUUGUUUAUUGUAUUACCAGUUCCUCAGAUAAUUGUAUUACGUUUCUUACCAAGUGCGACAUCAGGAGCUACUUAUGCAAAGAAUCUCUUGCGAUCAGGUGUUCUUAGUCAAUACAUCCCCAGAUUAUACCGAUUUCUGCCUCUUCUUGCUGGCCAGUCUCCAAGUGGUUUUAUAUUUGAGUCAGCAUGGGCCAACUUUGUCAUCAAUCUUCUGACCUAUUUCUUGGCUGGUCAUGUUGUUGGAUCAUCUUGGUAUCUGUUAGGGUUACAGAGGGUGAGUAAAUGCCUUCGAGAAGCUUGUCGUCAAUCUACAUUGUUCCCAAACUGUUUAAAGUUUAUAGAUUGCGGGCGUGGGGAUGAUUUUCAAUACUUAGAACGUGAUCGACAAUGGAAUAACUGGAAACAAGAUAAAACUUCGAGUUCUUGUUUUACUGAAAAGGCCGAUUUCCCGUAUGGAAUUUACGAGAGAGCUGUCGAUCUCAUUGCCGAGGAUAACAUAAUCAGAAGAUAUGUAUAUUCCUUUUUUUGGGGGUUUCAGCAAAUCAGCACACUGGCUGGCAAUCAAUCUCCAAGUUACUUUGUUGGGGAAGUCCUUUUUACGAUGGGUAUAAUUGCCCUUGGGCUUCUACUUUUUGCACUUCUUAUUGGGAACAUGCAGAACUUCCUUCAAGGUCUUGGACGCAGACGGCUGGAAAUGUCACUUAGACGACGUGAUAUUGAGCAUUGGAUGGGACACCGACAUUUGCCAGAAGACUUACGAAGAAAAGUUCGAGAGUCGGAGCAUUAUAAUUGGGCCGCUACCCGAGGGGUUAAUGAGGAGAUGCUAAUGGAGAAUUUGCCUGAAGACUUGCAAAGAGAUGUACGCCGGCACCUCUUUAGUUUUGUCAAGAAAGUCAGGAUUUUAGCAGUGAUGGAUGAACCAAUUCUAGAUGCAAUAUGUGAAAGGUUAAGGCAAAAGAUAUACGUCCAAGGAGGCACACCUUUAUAUCAAGGAGGGGUUGUGACAAACAUGGUUUUUAUUGUAAGAGGAAAGAUGGAGAGCAUAGGAGAAGAUGAGAAUCAUGUUCCAUUGUCAGAGGGUGAUGUAUGCGGUGAAGAACUUCUCAGAUGGUCCCUUGAACAUUCAUCAGUUAAUGGAGAUACAAGGAACGAUAGAAAACAAGGAGGCAGAUUGCUUAGCGACAGGACAGUGAAAUGCAUAACGAAUGUGGAGGCAUUUGUUCUACGGGCUGCAGAUCUUGAGGAAGUAACAACUCUUUUUUCUGCAUUCUUAAUGAAUCAGCGUGUUAAGUUUGCCAUAAGGUACGAAUCUCCAUACUGGCGGGUCCAGGCGGCAACCACCAUCCAGGUGGCAUGGAGAUACUAUAAGAAGCGGAAAAACCGUGCAAAAGCCUCAAAUGGUCGUACCACUCUUCCCUCCAAGUGGCCUGCUUUGCAGCAACGGUUUUAUGUUUAA